UGUCCCGCUUCGGCCCCUAGGGUUUCCCGCAGACUCUGGCUCUUCCUUCUUAUUCGGACUGCCUCUUCCUGGGCGCCUGCCGCCCACAUCUUUGCUCACCCGCAGGGGGAUGGGGCCUCCCCUUCGCCUGGGCUGGUCUUCCUUGACACCCCGAGGCUACUUGGUCCCGCCCUGACUGCCCACUCCACCUGGUGCUGCGGCCCCCCCUCCACCCCCCAGGAUGAAGGGCGGCCAGGGGGACGCAGGCGAACAGGCCCCGCUGAACCCGGAGGCCGAGUGCCCCGCGGGCUCGGCCACAUACCGAGAAUUCGUGCACCGCGGCUACUUGGACCUCAUGGGGGCCAGUGAGCACUCGCUGCGGGCGCUCAGCUGGCGCCGCCUCUACCUCAGCCGGGCCAAGCUCAAAGCCUCCAGCCGCACGUCUGCCCUGCUCUCGGGCUUCGCCAUGGUGGCCAUGGUGGAGGUACAACUGGAGAGCAACCAUGAAUACCCGCCAGGCCUGCUGGUGGCCUUUAGUGCCUGCACCACCGUACUAGUGGCUGUACACCUCUUUGCACUCAUGGUCUCCACGUGUCUGCUACCCCACAUUGAAGCUGUUAGCAACAUCCACAACCUUAACUCUGUCCACCAGUCUCCACACCAACGACUCCACCGCUAUGUGGAGCUGGCCUGGGGCUUCUCAACCGCCUUGGGCACCUUCCUCUUCCUUGCUGAAGUUGUUCUGGUUGGCUGGGUCAAAUUUGUGCCCAUUGGGGCCCCCUUGAGCACGGCAGCCCCCGUGGUACCUGCCUCCCAGGUACCUGGGACUCUGCCACCAGUGGCCACCUCCCUUAGUCCAGCUUCUAAGCCUCCUUCUGCUUCUGUAGCCCCGCCAGAGGCUAAGCCAUCUGAUGCCUGCCCACCCCAGCAAGCAUGUGGUGGUGGUGGGGUCCAUGGACCAGGUUGGCAAGCGGCCAUGGCCUCCACAGCAAUCAUGGUACCUGUAGGGCUUGUGUUUGUGGCCUUUGCCCUGCAUUUCUACCGUUCCUUGGUGGCACACAAGACAGACCGCCACAAGCAGGAGCUAGAGGAGCUGAGUCGCCUGCAGGGGGAGCUGCAGGCUGUGUAAGGUUGGUGUUAACCACUCUUACAAGCACUGCCUUCCUCAGGGGUCAGCCAGACGCCCCGCGUCUACAGACCACUCCUCCCUGACCCUGGAGGUACUUAGGUACAGACCAGAUUCCUGGUCUCAGGAUCCUUUGGGCUGGGACUUAGGGCAGCUCCCACAUUCCCAGGGCCUGUCCUGUGGAUUUUGUAAGUUCUACUCUACACCUGGGCUGGGAGGAGCAAGGGAGGAAGUGGAAGAUCCUCAGUCCAAGGUUCAUACAGUUGGUGGAAGGGAGGCAAGGCAGGGAGGCCCUGGUCAGAACUUUGGUGCUGCCCCUUAGCCACUGGCCCCUAACGGGUUGUGGAGAUCAGGUUAUACACCCACCCAGUUGCUCUAGAAGGCAGCCAACCCUUGUUUUAAUUCUGUAGAAUUUUAAAAAAUUGAUUUUAGAGAGAGAGGGAGAGAAAGAAACAUCAAUGUUAGAAAAACAUCAACUGGCUGCCUCCCUCCUGUACACACCCUGACUAGGGAUAGAACCUGCAGCCUAGGUAUGUGCCCUGGCUGGGAAUUGAAUCCCAACCCACAACCCUUUGGUGUACGGACGACACUCCAAUCAACUGAGCCAGGGUUUGUAGAAUCUAUUUUAUAGUUGGCAUUUAUUGGGAAGCUUCUCCUCAUUUCCAGAUUUCCAUGGGUUUCACAUUCUUGUUUUAGUUGCUAUAGAGAGAGAUUUGGGUGUUUCUGCCCCAGGCAUAGGUCUAGCCUUUCCUAGAAGGAGCCUCCGUAUUUUUGGAGGUUCAAGUGCCAGUUCAGCUUCCUUAGACCCACACUUAAUGCUUCUAUAUCUGAUUCUCAGUCUUCUGUGCCAGGGUUGGGGGAGUCUUUGGAGUCUGAGGGCCUGUGCGCCCAGCUUGACACUUGGCAAGGGUUGGGAUGAGGAGGUUUGAAGGGAGAAGGUCCAGUUUCUAACCCUUGCAAUACAGAGCUGUUCUGCCACUGAAUUUUUGAUGCACCUUGUUUUGUGUAAUAAA